AUGUUGAGUACACUCAUUCGAAAUAGCAACAACAACAACAACACGAAUAACAACACAAACACUCACAAACAUUCCCUUCUUGCAACCACCACCAACAACAACAACGAGAACACGACUCUCAACCUCGACUCCUCUUCUAGAAUCACCACUUCAUCAUCACCCUCUUCUACCGGCCCUAACCACUCAUCCAUCAACAAGAACAAUUGUUCCAUGACCAUCAAUAACAACAACAACAACUCAACGAAUCCAACUACUGCUUCGUCAUCCAACUCGGCUGCCAUUCUCAUUCCUGCCCAGCAAAACUCAACCAUGCAGCAACAUGCCAACAGUCCUUCCCUUUCCUUACUUUCAUCCAUGAGUGGUGGAGAAUUGAGUUCUUCUCUUGGCGGCGGUGGUGGAGGUGGAAACUCUUCCUCACUCACCCUGAUGAUGUCGAACACGCCUUCAAACACACCCCCAUUCUCACAUCUCUUGAAUCAUCAUCUAAGUCUCUCCUCUGGUGGUGGAAACAACUCUCAUCUCCACCCAAUGAAUCAUCCUGCUGCUGCGUACUCUCUCAUGCAUGCCCAUCCCUCUCUCAGAGUUGGACAUGGUCAUUCUCAAUCAUCUGGAGGAGGAGGCAUGAUAGUGGUUGGUUCUCCAAGUGCUUCUUCGCCUCUUCUUGGUGGACUUGUCUCUUCUGAGAGAGUGUUUUCAGAGAGUGGUUUUUCCUCUUCCUCCUCUCAACAGCAGCAGCCAAGUGGCAACGCCAGUCUUUCCUUACUCUCAUCAUUGGGAGUUAUUUCCUCCUCUUCCUCUUCAUCAUCAUCAUCAACCAAUAACAACAAUAAUGGCAGCAACACUCCCAACACUUCUUUCUUGAAUAAUCACCAUCACCACCAGUAUCAAUCAUACAUGAAUAAUCAUGUGAGUAUUCAACAUCAAGGUGGUAGUACUAAUUCUCAUGGCAGUGUUGUAAUGAAUAGUGUUCCUGCCAACAACAACAACCACGAAAGGGAAUAUCAACAAUUACUUUUCGAGAGACAAUCCCUAACUCCUUUCCAACCCAUUGUUCCUCUCACUCUCAAGUUAUUGGACGAGCGCAUUCAGCAAGUUCAACAACUUGUUCAACAAGCCUCUUCUUCCACCAAUAAUAACCUUUCUUCCACUACUACUGCUACAACUAUUACUAACACUAUCAAUCCAUCCUCCAAUGCAAGCUCUCAAUCUUCCUUGUUGAAUUCGUCAUCAACAAAUUCAAACAUCAUGGGCCCACCCACCACAAGUACACCAGGUAGUAAGAAGAAGUUGAGUUCUCUCAUCAUUCACCAACCUUCAGUGUUGUACAACAACAAUAACAACUCAACAACAACAACAACUAAUGGACUCAAUCUUGCAAGCCCAACGCUUAGUACUUCUAGCUCUUCCACCACUCCAGGAGUCAUGAGCACUACUUCUUCAACCACAACAGCAGCAGCAGAACAAAGCAUGCUUCUUUCUAAUAUGUUGCUUAAUGGCUCUACGACUCCAACUCUUCUCUCCACCUCUGGUGGUGGUGAUUCCUUGAGUACUGGUGGUGAUUUCUCUUUCUUUGGCAACAAGUCAACUUCUGCCAAUUCUUCACCACCUCUUGGAGUUAUAGGAAGCAAUAUUAAUUCCAGCAAUGGAACAGCCUCUACUACUUCUACAACAACAAAGAAGCCAUCAUCUACCACCUCUGGUACUACUACUACUGCCACUGCUAGUACUCAAGCAACAAUUACCAGUACUCAACCCACCACCAACAAGGUCAUUGCUAACUCAUUGAAUGACACUACUACUGCAUCAAACAAUUCAUCCACAACUGCCUCUAAUACUUCUUCAAAUCCAGGCCAAUCAUCAUCAUCAUCCAUGAGUAGCAAUGCAAGCACUCCAUCUCCUACCAGCUCAACUUGCUCUGAUAGUAACACUUCCAACGAAGAAUUCACCUUCAUUCGCUAUGAAAAUGUGGAUAUCAAACAAAAGAUUGUCAAUCCAUAUACUGUCUUACUCUUCAUUCCUCAAGCAGAAUUUCCAGAUUAUAACUUUAUCGGACGCAUAUUGGGACCAAAGGGAAGCUAUUUGGACAGCAUCCGCAAGAAUUCGAAUUGUUUCAUUAGAAUUAGAGGAAAGGGCCUAAACUUGCAAAACACUGGUAGUAACACGAGUACCUCAACCACUCCAACAACGGCAUCGGCAUCAACUUCUCAAUCAGGCUCAUCCACCACCACCACCACUACUACUACCACUACCACUACCACAGACAAUGACAUUUAUGCUUCCUAUCCUCUCCAUGUCUUUAUUGAAGGAAAGGGUCAAUCCGCCAGUAAGAGAAAGAACCUUCAUAAAGGUAUUCAACUCAUGCUUCCUCUCUUGGUACCUACUGAGUAUGAGAAAGAUGUUCUCAAACGAUGGCAACUUCAACAAUGGAGAAGUGAGAAGAAUUCAGGUGGAUCUGGUGAUAAAGCCUCAAUGCCUCCACUUCCUCUUCCAAAUUCCAUUCCCUCCGAUUAUCAACAACAACAACAACUCUAUGGAAGUAGUAGUGGUAGCGGAGGCAAUGCAAGUCUUCUCUCUUCUUCUCCAUACUCGAAUCAAACCAUGGAAUCUGCGUGUGAGGAUGAAGAUGAUGAUUUUGAGAUGGAUCCAUCUCUCCGAAUGAGUCCAUCCAAUGCCUCCUUUCUAAGCAGAUAUCAUCCCUACAAUAGAAACCAUGUUUAA